CUUUUCUUUGGUAACGAUCGCGCGCGCUGAGAGAUUUCCGCCAUGUCGCUGAAGAUUUUCGAGAUCGACUCCACCCUGCGCGGCUGCGAGGGCCAGAUUUGGGAUCGGGUCAAUGGCUACAGGUGGUGGAAGAACGAGCUGACGGAGAAGGAAGGCGGCAUGGAGGAGUUCGCCGAAGGGUACAAGAUCUUCGGAUUCAACCGAGUAGAAGAUGGCUACAUCUACCGCGAGUGGUUGCCCAAUGCCAAGCAGGUCUUCUUGAUUGGAGAGUUCAACGGCUGGCAGAACAACCUGCCCCUCACUAACGAGGGCUUCGGGCGAUGGAUGGUAAAGCUGCCCGACAAGGCGGACGGCAGCCCUUUCAUCCCCCACGCCUCGCAGCUCAAGGUGCGCUUGGAAGCCAACGACGGGGCCUGGCACGACCGCGUCCCUGCCUGGACCAAGCUGGCCUGGCAGGAUAACAAAACCAUGCUCUUCAACGGGGUCUUCUGGGAGCCUCCCGACGAGCAGCGCUUCAGCUUCCAGCACGCGCGGCCCCAGAAGCCGGAGAACCUGAAGAUCUACGAGGCGCACGUGGGCAUGGGCUCCGUGGAGCCGAAGGUGGCCACCUACGUGGAGUUCGCCGAUAACGUGUUGCCGCGGAUCAAGCGCAUGGGCUACAACUGCGUGCAGCUCAUGGCCAUUGCGGAGCAUGCGCACUACGGCUGCUUCGGCUACCACGUGACCUCCUUCUUCGCCCCGGCCAGCCGCUCGGGCACCCCGGAGGAGCUGAAAUACCUGGUGGACACCGCGCACGGUUUGGGCAUCCACGUUUUGAUGGACUUAGUGCACGCCCAUGCCUCUUCCAACACGCUGGAUGGCAUCGCGCAGAUGGAUGGCACAGACCACUGCUACACCCACGGAGGACCCAAGGGUCAUCACAGUCAGUGGGACUCGAAAAUCUUCAACUACCUGAAGUACGAGGUGCUGCGUUUCCUGCUCUCCAACAUCAAGUGGUGGCUGGAGGAGUAUCAGUUCGACGGCUUCCGCUUCGACGGGAUUACCUCCAUGCUGUACCACUCCCACGGUAUCGGCAAGGGCUACACCGGUGGCUACCACGAAUACUUCGGCCCAGAUGCUGAUAUUGACACCCACAUCUACCUCAUGCUGGCCAACGACCUCAUUCACUCGCUGGUGCCGAGCGCUCUGUCGGUGGCGGAGGACGUGAGCGGCAUGCCCACUAUCGGCCUGCCCGUGGAGUACGGCGGUUUCGGCUUCGACUACCGUCUGGGCAUGGCCAUCCCGGACAUGUUCAUCAAGCUGUUGAAGGAAGUCGGAGACGAGGGUUGGGACGUGGGCCACAUUUGCUACACGCUGACCAAUCGUCGUCACUUGGAGAAGGUGGUGGCCUAUGCAGAGUCCCACGAUCAGGCGAUUGUGGGAGACAAGACCUUGGCCUUCUGGCUCAUGGACGCCGCCAUGUACACGGACAUGAGCCUGGUGCAGAACCCCCAGCACACCAUGCCGGUGGACCGGGGCUUGGCGCUGCACAAGAUGAUCCGCCUGCUGGUGCUGGGCCUGGGAGGGGAGGGGUACCUGAACUUCAUCGGCAACGAGUUUGGGCACCCGGAGUGGGUGGACUUCCCGAGAGCCGACAACGGCUGGAGCCAUCACCACUGCAGGCGUCGUUUCGACCUGGCGGAGGAUGAGCUGCUGAGGUACAAGUUCUUCCAGAAUUUCGAUGAGCUGAUGAACGCCCUGGAGAAUCGUUUCAAAUGGCUCGGCUCCGCUCACCAGUACGUGACCCUGAAGCACACCGACGACAAGGUCAUCGUCUUCGAAAGGGGGGACAUGCUCUUUGUGUUCAACUUCCACCCCAACAACAGCUUCGAGGGCUAUCAGCUGGGGAGCAUGUGGAACGAGCCCAUGCGCACUGUACUGGACACUGACGAGGGCCGCUUCGGGGGACACUGCCGGCUGGAGUACGGCCACGCCAACCCGUUCCCACCUUUGCACGGACAUCACAAUCGCAACCACUCGGUGAAGAUGUACCUGCCCGCGAGAACGGCGCAGGUCCUUGUGCGCGAUAGCCUGCUGCAAGGCGGUGUGAGGAUUUGGAUGGACGACACCUUCCUGGUGCAGAACGGCUUGGAAUCCACGGAGGGCCUGAAGCUGGCGUUGCAGAUCUGGAAGGACGGCAAGCAGGAGAUGAUGGACUUCGACUUUGAUCCUGCGGGCUGCGUUGAGCUGGGCCUGAAUUUUGACGCCACCUUCAAGAUCACCAGCCCAGCCGGGGAGGAUCUGCCGUGCAAGGCCUCCAAGGAUGGCUUCUACAGGGUUUACUUCCCGGGCGACUACAGUGUCUGCAGCCUGGGCUACCUCCAGAACGGCCAGCCAUUGCUGGAGAGUGCGGAAGGCGCUGUCGCGGAGCCUGCGGAGGCUGCGGAGGCUGUGGGCGCCUAGCCGAACUUUGCCUGAAUUCCCGUGUAUGGCAAAGGAUUUGCCACGGAGAGGUUUCUUCCGGGUCGAGGGGAGAGCUGGCAAUUCCCGGUGUUAC